AGCCAGUAACUGACGUCCAUUUGGCCGGGUGCCAUGCAUCGAUGACGUCCAUUUGGACGCGCCAAACAUGCAGGACGGACGUCCAUUUGAUCCUACCAAGUUUGAACAAGUUUUGGAACACGUUUUAAGGCACUUUCUAAUGAUUUAAGGGCUUAAAAUGUUAUGAAAAUUAAAGAAUACUUUAAGCCCCGGGUACUUCCCAACAAUUAACUCAAUCAUCAUUAAUAUUCAAGAUUAAAUUUUGAAUAAUUAGACUUGUGCGACGUUAUUGUACGCGCACAAGUUCAGGAUUAAUCAAAACCUAGCUAAGAUUAGCAAAACAAUAUGCAAAUGAAAAUCGUACCCGGGCGGCAAUUAAAAAUUUGCUGUGUACAUCAUUAUCAUUCAAAGGAAGCAACAAAUUAAACACUAUCAGUAGAUUCUUAAACGCGCAUAAUUCGACCGAAAUUCACGAAAGUUAUCAGCCAAAGCAGGUCACCGCACCGCAUGCGAUGCGUAUAUAAACGCAAUAAAAACAACAACUAAAAACAACUAGCCAAAUAUAUACCAACAUGCAAGUAGCAAUGUUGAAGUGCCUCACCAUCUUCACCAUAUGGGCAAGCGUGGUGUUUGCCGCACCUGCAGAACACACCAAGAUGAUCAACUUGUCAUUUCUUGGUAGCGCUCCGCUUGGUUCACCAAGUCGUGAAACAGGCCGACGUCUUGAAGGAUUCGACCCGGCCGCUGACGACGCUGUAAACCCAGAAGAACUCGGAGAAUACUUCGAAGGUGACAUUCUAUUCCCCAACGGGCGUAACGGCCUCAUCGCCGAGGUGAGCCACUGGAAGGACGGGAUCAUCCCCUAUGAAAUACGUGGUAGUUUCAAUCAACGUGAACUUGGGUUGAUAUCAGACGCAAUGGAUGCUUAUAAACAUUAUACCUGCCUACGUUUCCGGCCUCGUGCUUCAACAGAUGUUGAUUAUGUCGUGUUGGAGAACGCCAACACUGGCUGCUGGUCAUCAGUGGGUCGCGUCGGGGGUAAACAGGUAGUCAAUCUGCAAACACCCGGUUGUUUCUCGCAGGUAGGCACCCCGAUCCAUGAAUUGAUGCAUGCCGCUGGUUUCAUGCACGAACAGAACCGUUUCGAGCGUGAUGACAACGUGGAUAUCGUCUGGUCAAACAUCCAAGCUGGAAGAAACAACAAUUUUCAGAAAAUUGAUGAGAAAACCAUCAGCGGAUACGGUGUACCCUAUGAUUUCAACUCUGUGAUGCAUUACAGUGAGAAAGCCUUCUCUAAAAACGGUCAAGCCACCAUCAUCGCACGCAGGAAACCGGAUGGCGUGAUAAAAAUGGGCCAACGUGCCGGGUUCAGCAAGGGUGAUGUAAUGAAACUACGCAGGAUGUAUCAGUGCCCCAAUGCGGACGCCCCGAUUGAAUCCAAAGCGGAACCAUCAACCGGAAGUAGCGGUAAUGGCGGACAACCAGCAAAUAAUGGCUUAGGCAAUCUCCUCAACAUGAUCUUCGGCUAAAAUAUCAACGCGCACAUUAAUCAAUAUCACUAAAUGACGAAUAAAAGUAUUUACUUCCCUUAUCACCUCGUAAUUAUUCUAAUAGCGAUACUGAUUAGCAACGUGUUCAACCAAAUUGCCCACGGGAGCAACACAUUAAACUCACAAAUGGCUCAUUGUAAUCUUAAAUAAUAGCGGUUAAUCUCAUUAUUAACGCUAUUAAUCAACAAAGUUGAUGAAUUACUUUAUUAAAUGCGUUAUUAAAUGCAUUAUAAAAACACUGCUGAUAUUCCAGUCAUAACAUACAAGACGAGAUGUUAUUACCGGUAUUAGUUGCAUUCCUCUUUGUAGGUGUACUUGUAGGCGCAGAAGACGACCAAACCGUAGAGAUACCUAUCACUCCUGAUAUCAGAGCGGCAUUACUACAAGCAAAUCCAGGACUGUUUGGUACUUUCGAGCAACCAACGAAAGCUUCCUGCCGUUGCAAGAUGAUCCCGAUCGAUUUAACACCCUACAAGACGAUGCAGUUUAGGCCACCGGUUGGUAAUCCCCAGUGGUUGAACUUUAUAGCCGCACAGGGUCAGGCUUACGGUGGAUGCCAGCAGCCCAUCAAUAUCGUGGUCAAUAUUGGAGAGCUUCCAGGAGUACCUAAAGCUGCACCAUCAGCCGCAGAUUUCUGUCGCCGAGCUGUUGCGUUUUGCCAUAAACGCUACGAGCACAUUAGAAGGGUAUGUAGUAAGAAAGCAAAAGAGCGUAGACAGCGGCGUCGCAGUUCCACCGUGUACCCCCGUAUGAUUAAUAACAAAUAAACUGUUACAUUUCA